UCGGUAUCUAAACGCGAAGCAAUUAAAAUGUUUCGACAAAGUCUCGUCUUGCUUCUCGUUGCGUUUGUUUUGGCUGCCGGUACGACGUACCGCAGAAAGAAGCCGGAGGACAAAACCAAAUGCCCUAAAGUAAAGGCCAUCCGAAAUUUUAGCAUAGAACAGCUUCUAGGUAAAUGGUACGUGAUGGAGUACUACGCCAGUUCCGAAGAAGCCUUAUCCUACAGGUGCAUGCAGGCGGAGUUCACGAUGGCCUCGCCAGAAGACAUCACCAUGAAUUUCACAUACAGUUUUACUGACGACCCACUCAACGAACAACUCUUGGGGAACAUAACCUGGAUAAUCCCGGAUCGGGGGCAACCGGCUCACUGGACACAUUCUGAAGAUACUUAUGAGGGCGUCUACAAUACGUACGUCUUGGAUUCGGACUACGUCUCUUGGGCGUUGCUACUGCAUUGUGCGGAAAAGUCCAAAGUGCCGAGGUACCUAUCUAGUUUCAUUAUGAGUAGGGAACCCAGCCUAGCUGUCAACGUCAAAAGUUAUCUACGCGACAAAUUGCCACGAUAUGACAUCGACCUGUCUUACAUGUUUGACAUGACGCAAAACGACUGCAACGCAACCGCAGUAGAAAAUUUGCCUCCGUCGGUGCUCGUAAACAGGCCCGUCCAGACAAUGCGCAGACAUCCAAUGAAACACCGCCACGUGGAAUAAAACUAUUGGUGGUUGCGAAGUAAUUUAUUGUCAAAGUAACAAACUUUUAAAUUUCCGCAUUAUUUAAAUAAAUAAUUAAAAUGG